CUCUAGAGCAGCCGCACACAAAAGAGGGCUUUGAUGCGCCUCCAGCCAGGCCCAGGCCUCUCCCCUCUCCCAUCUCUCUCCGGGUCUUCCUUUGCCCCACUCUGGGCCUCCUGUGAGCCCGAUUUAACGGAAACUGUGGGCGGUGAGAAGUUCCUCAUGACACACUAAUCCCAACCUGCUGACUGGACCACGCCUCCAGCAGAGGCGACCUCUAGAGCUCCAGGACAUUCAGGUACCAGGUGGCCCCAAGGAGGAGCUGCCGACCUGGCAGGGAACAACCAAGACUGAGGUUAAAUCACACAGCCUGCAAGUGGAAGAGAAGAACUUGAACCCAGCCCUGACUUCCUAUCCUAGGGAAGGGGCUGACUGGAGAGGCCAGGACAGAGAAAGCAGAUCCCUUCUUUUUCCAAGGACUCUGUGUCUUCCAGAGGCAAUAUGUCAGAAGGGGUGGGCACGUUCCGCAUGGUACCUGAAGAGGAACAGGAGCUCCGUGCCCAACUGGAGCAGCUCACAACCAAGGACCAUGGACCUGUCUUUGGCCCGUGCAGCCAGCUGCCCCGCCACACCUUGCAGAAGGCCAAGGAUGAGCUGAAUGAGAGAGAGGAGACCCGGGAGGAGGCAGUGCGAGAGCUGCAGGAGAUGGUGCAGGCGCAGGCGGCCUCGGGGGAGGAGCUGGCCGUGGCCGUGGCGGAGAGGGUGCAAGAGAAGGACAGCGGCUUCUUCCUGCGCUUCAUCCGCGCGCGAAAGUUCAACGUAGGCCGUGCCUAUGAGCUGCUCAGAGGCUAUGUGAAUUUCCGGCUGCAGUACCCUGAGCUCUUUGACAGCCUGUCCCCAGAGGCCGUCCGCUGUACCAUUGAAGCUGGCUACCCUGGUGUCCUCUCUAGUCGGGACAAGUAUGGCCGAGUGGUCAUGCUCUUCAACAUUGAGAACUGGCAAAGUCAAGAAAUCACCUUCGAUGAGAUCUUGCAGGCAUAUUGCUUCAUCCUGGAGAAGCUGCUGGAGAAUGAGGAAACUCAAAUUAAUGGAUUCUGCAUCAUUGAGAACUUCAAGGGCUUUACCAUGCAGCAGGCUGCUAGUCUCCGCACUUCAGAUCUCAGGAAGAUGGUGGACAUGCUCCAGGAUUCCUUCCCAGCCCGGUUCAAAGCCAUCCACUUCAUCCACCAGCCAUGGUACUUCACCACGACCUACAAUGUGGUCAAGCCCUUCUUGAAGAGCAAGCUGCUUGAGAGGGUCUUUGUCCAUGGGGAGGACCUCUCUGGUUUCUACCAGGAGAUUGAUGAGAACAUCCUGCCCUCUGACUUUGGGGGCACGCUGCCCAAGUAUGAUGGCAAAGCUGUUGCUGAGCAGCUCUUUGGCCCCCGGGCCCAAGCUGAGAACACGGCCUUCUGAAAACAUCUCCUGCCAGCUGAACUGUAGUUAGAAUGCCUGGGCCUCUCCUCAACUGUCCUGGACCCAAGGCUAGGAAAGGGCUGCUUGAGAUGACUGUGGUCCCCCCUUAGACUCCCUAAGCCUGAGUGACCUCAGAUGUCACCCUGUUCUCAAGGUGGGGGAUGGGGAAUAAAGGAGGGGGAAUUCCUUUGAACAAGAAGAACUGGGGGUAGUUAUAUUUCCAGCUGCCCUUGAAGCUUUAAGACAGUGAUUUUUGUGUGAGGUUGUAUUUCGAAGACUCUAAUUCGUUUUCUCAAUCAUUUCCUUUGUAACAGAGUUUUAUGACUUAGAGUCUGUGAAAACAGGCAAGGAGCCUGGGUUAAAAUAUCCCCCACUCCUAGCAAAAAUGCAAUAAAAGAAGAUAAAAGAGGGAGGA